AUGGGCAAGCUCAGCCUCCAAGCCCUCCUCGUCGGGCUUCUGGCCUCCAAUGCCUCGGCCGCCCUGGAUGGAAGCCGAUAUCUAUGGUAUACGUCUCCCGCCACGGAAUGGGAGACCGGCGUCCUUCCUAUUGGAAACAGUCGCCUCGGCGCGGCCAUCUUUGGAGGCGGCAAUGAAGUCGUCACCAUCAACGAAGACACCAUCUGGGAUGGUCCGCAGCAGACCCGUAUCCCUCCGGGCGGACUUGCUGCGCUGCCAAAGAUCCGUUCGUUGCUGAUUGCUAACAAUUUGACGGACGCCGGUAAUCUCGUCGAGAGCCAAAUGUACCCAAGCAGCUGCUGUGAGAGACAGUUUAGCUAUUUUGGCAACCUCAACCUCAACUUUGGCCAUGGAAGCGGAAUAUCAAACUAUCUUCGCUCGCUCGACACGCGCCAAGGUAACUCUAGCGUGUCUUACACGUUCAACGGAGUUACUUACACUCGUGAAUACGUUGCGAGCAACCCGGAUGGUGUUAUCGCAGCCAGAUUUACAGCAAGCAAAGCUGGUGCUCUGACUGUAUCCGCCUCAUUUUCGAGAAUCAACAACAUUGUCAGCAAUGUCGCCUCAACUUCCGGCGGUGUCAACAGCGUGACGUUGCAAGGAACCAGCGGACAAUCGACCAAUCCCAUUCUCUUUACCGGCAAGGCUCGUUUCGUAGCCAGCGGAGCUUCUUUCAGCUCCUCCGGCGGUACUCUCACAGUUACCGGCGCAACCACCAUUGAUGUCUUCAUCAAUGUCGAGACAAACUACCGUUAUUCCACCGCCAGUGCCCUCGCUGCCGAGGUCGACAACAAGCUCAACAAAGCCGUGUCCAAAGGCUUCCAGGCAGUUCACGACUCAGCCAUCUCCGACGCCUCCGCUCUUCUCGGCCGCGCCAACAUCAACCUCGGCACCUCUCCCAAUGGCCUCGCCAGUCUCUCCACGGACCAGCGUGUCAAGUCUGCUCGCAGCGGCUUCAACGACCCGCAGCUGAUUACUCUCGCAUGGAACUACGGCCGCCAUCUCCUCGUUGCCUCGUCGCGCGAUACUUCAGCGGCCAUCGACAUGCCCCCCAACCUGCAGGGCGUCUGGAACAACGCAACUUCGGCGCCUUGGGGCGGAAAGUUCACCAUCAACAUCAACACUGAGAUGAACUUGUGGCCUGCCGGUCAGACGAACCUCAUCGAGACGCAGCUGCCGCUCUUUGAUCUCCUCAAGGUCGCCCAGCCCCAUGCCCAGGAGAUGGCCCAGAAGCUGUAUGGCUGCAACGGCACUGUGUUCCACCACAACCUGGAUGUCUGGGGUGAUCCCGCCCCGACGGAUAAUUUCCCCUCGAGCAGCAUGUGGCCCAUGGGAGCGACGUGGCUGGUGCAGCACAUGAUGGAGCAGUACCGCUUCAACGGCGAUCUCAACUUCCUCCGAAACACGGCCUACCCUUACCUCCUUGACGUCUCCAAGUUCCUCCAGUGCUACACAUUCACGUGGCAGGGCAACCGAGUCACCGGUCCUUCUAUAUCUCCCGAAAACACUUACUUUGUGCCCACCGGUGCCAAUGUCGCCGGCCAGCAGCAGCCCAUGGACAUGGCCCCUGAGAUGGACAACCAGCUUAUGCGAGAUGUCAUGACUUCCAUCAUCGAGGCCGCCGCCGCUCUCGGAAUCUCCAGCAGCGACCCCAACGUACAGGCAGCCACCAACUUCCUGCCCCUGAUCCGGACUCCUCGCAUCGGAUCCUACGGCCAGAUCCUCGAGUGGAGGGCAGAGUACCCCGAGACCGACCCCGGCCACCGUCAUCUCUCUCCUCUGUACGGGCUUCACCCGGGUAGCCAGUUCUCGCCCCUCGUCAACAGCACUCUCGCCGCAGCUUCCAAGGCCCUUCUUGAUCACCGCGUCGCUAGCGGAUCCGGUAGCACAGGUUGGAGCCGUACCUGGCUGAUGAACCAAUACGCUCGUCUCUUCUCUGGAGCUGAUGUUUGGAAGCACAUUCUUGGCUGGUUCGCCACUUAUCCCACGCCCAAUCUCUGGAACACCAACGGCGGAUCUACCUUCCAGAUUGACGGCAACUUUGGCUUCACCAGCGGCAUCACCGAGAUGUUGUUGCAGAGCCAGACCGGAACCGUUCAUCUGCUGCCGGCUCUCCCCGGCUCCAACCUCCCCACUGGAAAUGUCAGGGGUUUGUUGGCCCGAGGAGGCUUCCAGGUGGAUAUUGACUGGCAGAGCGGCAGCUUUAAGAAUGCCACCGUCACGUCUACCAGAGGAGGCCAGUUGAAGCUUAGAGUGGGCAAUGGACAGAGCUUCAAGGUCAAUGGAGCUACGUAUACCGGACCUAUCGGUACAAGCUCAGGAACAAAGUAUAGCAUCACCAUCUGA